AUGGCCGCUCAGAUAGGCCAUAGUCAGAAGGCGAAGCCUUUGUCGCCGGUGUCAGUGACAUUUUUGGGAACUAGCAGCGGCGGUGGACCUAUACUGAGUAGGAAUUGCUCGUCGUUGGCAGUAGAUUUUGGUAAUGAAAUAUGGUUGUUCGACGCAGCCGAUGGCACUCUCAUGCGACUUCAUCAAUCCUCUUUACGAAUCGCCAACAUAUCCCGGAUAUUCAUCACCCACAUGCAUGCCGACCACACUCUGGGUCUAGUAGCCAUCAUGAUGACGAUCAUGAGCGGUGUAGGAGUGAAACCAGGGGAGAAUGAGGAACUGGCUAAAUUGGGUAAAAAGAAAAAAGCGACUUUUCACAUAUAUGGUCCAGCUGGAAUAAGGAAGUUGAUCAGGACGACUUUGAGUGUGACUUCGAUCAACCUCGCAGGUGUAUUUGCGAUACAUGAGAUACUUGAACAAGGAGAAGAACCGUCGGUAGAUUGUGAAGAAGAGAAUCUGCACAGUAACGAAGCUGUUGGGAUAGACUUUAUAGCGAAUGAUGAUGGAGUUUGGGAGAAUAUACUGCAACAGGGGAAUGGGAAAAGUGGGAAAGGAUGGAGUGUGAAAGCUGGACCUAUACAUCACCGAGUACCAUCACUGGGAUAUGUGUUAGAAGAACCUAUCCCCCGUGUACAGCUAGAUACAUCUUCCCUGAUACCCCUUUUGAAAUCCAAUGCAGAGGCACUCGCUUCCCUCGAUCCACCUAUCAAACAUCCAUUAUCCCUUCUCUCGCACCUCACUUCCCUACCAUCGCCACCACCAUACACACUCCCUUCGGGCGAUGUGAUCCACCCACCACCGCCAUCCGGAAUAUCACCUCGAAAAUUAGUGAUUUUUGGCGAUUGUUCAGGUGGAACUGAGAAUUCCACUUUCCAGAAGAUGUGUGAAAAUCCGAGUUUGUUAGUACAUGAGUGUACGAAUGGACAUAUACCGCAUGACGUCCAGAGGGGUGAUAAAGGUAUGAAAAUACGGAAGAAAGAUUUGGAACCUUCUCUAGAAGCGAAGAGGGAUAGGUUGUUCUUCCAUAAACCGACGGAUGGCAAGAAGGGUCACCCUCAUGAAAAUGGGAAUGGACAUCAUAGCUUCGAAGAUAUACUAGCGAAAGAUAAUGAAAAGCGAUUAGAAGUUCAGAAAAAAGCUCUAAGUAGGGGUCAUUCGACCCCUGAGGAAGUUGGUAACUUUGCUAAAACCAUCAAAGCUAGAAGAGUGAUCGUCAAUCAUUUCUCAGCAAUGUUCCCUUCACCUCGAUACCCAUCUACCGAACCAUUCCCUUCAAUCCUUUCACCCAUCUCACCAUUCCCCUACCCCUCACCCACUAAUACACCAUCAAAUGCACAUGGUUAUGACCCUCAUGUGGAACCUCAUCCAUUGACCAAGAACGAAUUACAUACCAGAUUGAUCAUGCAAUCGUUAGCCGAUCAAAUUACGGAAAUUUGGUCUCCUAUCGAGGAAGACAAGGUAGUGAGGAUGGCAAUUCCCUCGAGAGAUUUCAUGAGUGUUCGAAUAUCUUCUCAUGAAUUAUCGGAUAUCGAACAAGAUGAUAUUAGACGAUAUAGAGAGGAACUAAAUCGGAUAAUGGGUUCUUGGAAGGAAUGCGGUGGUGUUUGGGUGGAUCUCCCGAAGGAGGUUUCAAGGAUAUGGCUGGGAGUCGAGCCUGCUCCUUUAAUAGGGGGCAAGACGGCACCGCAGGAAGGGAAUCACAUACGAUUCGAGGAAUAG